AUAUGGUGUAUUCCUACACAUGCUUCAAACGGAAGGAUUUUCUAGCUUCUAUGGUUGCUGCGAAACGAGUGACUAGCUUUUAUUAAUAUCACCCAUGCAUUUACAGUGACAGUGUGMCGCGUUUGUUGUGUGACAUUUACGACCAUUUAUCACGUAAGCCACAACAAUUACACGACCUUUGAUUGGUUAAUGAACAGCAAAAAACAUUCCAGAAAAUACUUCUAUACGGUCAGGCAGGGCUUUUCGAUUCGUACUGUAACAAGGCAUGGUAAAUUAAUCCUAGGUCUAGUCUUUUAUCAUGUGCCAAGCAAUAAAGAUCGUAGUUGCUGGUCUUGGUCGAGCUGGAAAAGCAAGAGUUCGCGACAUUACUGCAAAUGUUUUUGGGGAAAAUGUGGUUGCUUUGAAAGGCAUUAUUUCACGACCCUUGGUAUGGACAGAGACGCGAGGUACUUUUAGUAGUCGUUCCAUAACUUUUCAUUUUACAUUCGAAGAUGGGACAACAAUGGACUAUUCGCCUCGAGCGGGACCUCCCCCUYGUCCAACACCACACGGUCAAACUGCUCCCAAGGGGUUGUUUAUGCGAGACCUGGAAUUGUUUUUGAAGAAAAUACGUGGUGAAGUUGCCGCAGAUGAGAUUGAAAAGGAGAAGAAACGUAUGUUGCACUGUGCCGAUAUUGCAGGGAAAAUCGAGGAGCUUGCAAUGAAAAAGAUAUAAGCGUAAAAAUUGAAUGGAAAAAUAGAAAUAUUAGAMAAAUAAACUAACAGCUUCUAUGAAACUCU